AUGCCGCUGGUGACGGCGGCGAACGCGACCCUCAUCCUGGACCACGUCCUGGGCGACCCCUCCGUCCCCGCCGCAGCCGCCGAAGCGCUCCUCGCCGCGCUCCCCUCUCCCUCCAACCCGACCCCGCGCCUCCGCCGCGCGGUCCUCCUCCGCAGCCUCGCCGCCGACCCGGUCUCCGCAUCCUCUCUCGAAGCCCUCCACCUCCUGGCCUCGCUCCCCGCCACCGCCUCCGCCUCCCCCAUCGCCGCCGCCUACAUCGCCGUCGCGGCAUUCGUCGCGGCCUCCGCGCCCGACUUCGAUGCCACCGCCAGGGAGCUCUUCGCGCGCCCCAACGGCAGCGCGCGCCGCGCGGUCGACAAGGGAGGUCCCCCCGCGCUCGCCUCCGAUGUUAUCAUCGCCACAGCGGACCAGUUCGAGGCCGCUGUCGGGAACUCCUCCUCCCAGACCAUCCUCAGGGGCCUGUGGAGCAACCGGGCUGCCGCGGAGGAGCGGGUCAGGGACCUCCUCGCCGCCGAAUGGGCCGCGAUUGGGCCGUCGAAGCUCGUGACUGCGGCUGAGCGGAUCGUCGGGGAUGGGGCCGUCGAGACAUGGCGUGCCGCGGAUGAGGCCACCGGUGCCAAGUUCCGCAUCUUGGCUGGGGAAGAAAAAACACGUGAGAUUCUCGCCAAAAUUGAAGAAUCUACCUCCAGCGCAAAUCCAAUUUCAACACCAGCUGUUGAGAAGGUGAUUGACGCGCUCAAAACAAGCUGUGCUGACCUCCACAGUGCUGUGGAGGAUCCGCUUCCAGCUGCGAAGGCAGUUGCAGAUGAGGUAUUGGCUGCAAGGAUGGAUAAAGGAGUUAGCUUGAAUGCUGAAGAAGUAGGAGGUCAGCCAACAACUUGUGGUGCUGCAGGCCCGAGUACUCUUAAUGAUAAAGACCAUGGUCCAAGUAGAGGCAAACCUCAUAACCUUAUGGAUCGGAACCCAACAGCACGGACCUCUCAGUGGGAGGAUUCACCUGAUGUUGAGGGGUCAGAAUCAUCAUUACGCAGACCGCACUCGCUUAGCCCAAGGAGAAUGCCACCUUCUCCUUUGCAACCUCCAGAAAACAAAAGUAAGCGUAGAAGGGCAAGGAAGUGGAGCUUGUUCGAAGAAGAAACACUGAGAAAGGGUGUUGAACAGUAUGGUAUAGGCAAUUGGAGGGAUAUUUUAAAUAACAAUCUUGACGUUUUUAUCGGCAGAACAACGAUGAGCUGCUUUGUCCUGAUGUUGCUCCACGUCCGAAGUGAUGAGGACUGGAUGUUUGCAGAGGCACGUCCACCCUUUACAUUGAUUGAUGCCUUUGCAAAUGAGCCAGUAGUCCCAGCAUUGGUCUCAAUGACAAUAGAAGCACUCCCUCCAGCACUUGCCUUCACGGAUGCUUGA